UCAAGUGACGUCACGUUUAACAGUAAAUAUUUUUGUUUGCCUUCCUUAAAUUUGCAAAGUUUUUACUUCUUGAAACUUAUUUAUUACUUCUUUGAUUAAAAUGGGAUGUGAUGGUGGCACAAUUCCCAGACGAGAUGAACUGGUUCGUACGAAGAAAAAACCAGAACAAAAGGAUAAAAAUGCCGAGACCGUAGCGAAAUGGAAGCAUUGUGCGAUAUCUCAGAAUCCUCUUCGCAAACCUAUUGUUGCUUGUGAACUCGGUAGAUUGUAUAAUAAGGAAGCUGUUAUAGAGCACAUCUUAAAUAAGAGUGCUAUUUCUUCAUCCCACGUGGCUAACCACAUUACAAAAUUAUCCGAUGUUAAAGAGCUGAAUCUAACUGAAAAGCCCGAUUUUCAGCAGAAGAAUCCUAUGGGAGAUGAAUACGUUGAUUUAAACAAUUCUCAGUAUAUCUGCCCAGUUACAGGAUUGGAUAUGAAUGGCAAACAAAAGUUCUAUUUUGUUUGGAAAUGUGGCUGUGUUUUUUCUGAGAGAGCAAUUAAAGAAGUGAAGUCUGAAACUUGCCAUAAAUGUGGAAACCUUCUGAAUCCGAAUGACAUCAUAGUUAUCAAUGGCACAGAUGAAGAAAUUGAAGUUUUGAAAGAGAAAAUGGUGGAAAGAAGACGCCUUGCUAAGUUGGAGAAGAAAAAGAAGAGAUCAGCUACUGCAACUGAGACUUCUGCAGAAUCAAUUGAGAAAAAGAUAAAAUUGGAAACUGGUGAACCUUCUACUGAUUCCCAGCCCAUAUCUGAUACAAAGUUAACAAAUGGUGUGAAGAAGGAGAAAUUACCUGGAAAAAGUGAACAAGUAAAGCCAUCUAAGGUUAAUGGUGCAUCUGUACAAAAUGGUGGGGGUUCAUCUAAAACUUUAAUUCUUCCUGACAAAGCACAGAAAAGUUAUAGUAUUGCAAAAGAUCCAAAUGCUAGUGAUGCAUAUAAAUCCUUAUUUACAACUCAUAAAGAUGCACAAAUGAAAGAAAAGCAACAUUGGAUUACUCACAAUCCAUUGUAUUAUUAAUUAUGAUUGAUUUUUUUGCAUUUAGAACUAUCUUUGUACAAAAACUGUUUGAUACUUCUAUUUAAAAACUAUUGAAUAUUCUUUGAAGCUAGAAAAAUAUGUUUUUUAUGAGAUCAUUAUUAGGAAAUAAGACAAUCUUUAUUUGUAAUUGUUAUUCUAAAAUGACUUAUUUUCAGUUAAUAAAUUAUGUAUAUACUUUGAUACAUUAUUCUCUUUAAUGUAAAUUAAACAAAUAUAUUGUGAAGUUUUUAUAUUUUGUUUAUAGUCGGAAUGAAAAAGGAAUAUUUAAGAUAUACUAUGCAGCAAAAUUGAAAGUAAUUAUUCCGACUCCGAUUAUUUUAUAUGCUCCUUGUAUUUUUAUUAAAUUAUAUUGUAGGAAAUGUCAUUUGUAUAUUUACAUUACAACAAAAUGUUUCUUUUUAUCAAUAAUGUUGAUUGAAAAUAUUUACAUUGUGUUACAUUAUUUUUAAUAGCUACAAAUUAAUUUUAUUCAUAAUUAUGGACCUUUUUUUUUGUAAAA